UACUCCCACCAUGACAAAGUCUCAAGUAGAAUUACUAGCUCACCAAUUGCCGUACGGUGACGGCAGUGACAAGGUCUUCGGCAUGGAGAAUUACGGGAACACCUGCUAUUGUAACUCGAUUCUCCAGUGUCUCUACCACACCCACAACUUCAGAGUCCACCUCUUGUCUCACCACAAAACUCACCAUGACCGGAAACUCAAUCUAUACGGUAUCAAAACCCACAACUUCACCAAUAAGUACGAGAUGUUGGUGCAAAAACGCAGCAAGGAGCAGCAGAAGGCGGCCGAUGAUAAGGGCCGCUCGUCCCGGAAGGGUUCUAUCUUUGGUAUCAAAUUCAACUCCAGCUCCGGCCCCAACGGCGGUGUGGCCAGCUACCUGGACAGUGAGAUCCCCAACAAGAAGGGAUACAUCUUCGAGUUGCACAACUGUCUGUACCUAUCGGAUGAGCAGCGCAAUUUGAUCUCCCGGUACGAUAAUGAUGAUUUCAAGCGAAUCCCCGUCAUGGUCACCAGACCGUCGCAGAACGUAGACCAGGCCAUUGCCGACAAAAACGACUACUCGCAGAGCUCCUCGAUGCUUCUCGGGGGCGACACGGGGGACGGGACUGCCUCCGGGACCUCCACCACCGCUCCGGUGCCCGAUCCACCCGUGUCCAAGGACGACGGACAAAUCUCGUCCCAGCUGAGUUUCAUUCUCAUCGGCAUUCCUUACCCCGAGACUUUCCUCCAGAACCCCAUCAACCCGUUCAAUCCCAGUCCCACCAGCGACCAGCGGAAGCGGUCGGCGCUCAUCAACGGCCCCAUCGUCAACCUCGACCACUCACUCCAAUUACCCAGUGAGCAGAACGAUGAUUCAGCCCUCUUGUACGCCUUGAAAGACAUGUUCGAAUGCAUGGUGGAAAACAAGAGCAACACGGGGGUGGUGUCACCCAACUACUUUAUGCAAAAACUUAAGGAAAAGAACUACUUGUUCCGUCAGAAUAACAUGCACCACGAUGCGCACGAGUUUUGCAACUACCUCAUCAACGAGAUCAUCGAGUGCUUGAACAAGGAGAACGGGCCCGAGGAUAACUGGUGCAACGACCUCUUCCAAGGCCGAAUCACCAACGAGACCAAGUGUUUGAGCUGUGAGACUGUGACCUCCAAGGAGGAAACGUUCUUGGAUCUCUCCAUCGACAUUCCUCCCCACUCCCACUCCAACUCACUCACCAACCUCUUGAACAACUUCUCGCGGCUGGAAAUCUUAACUCACCAGAACAAGUUCUACUGUAACUCAUGCUCAUCGCUUCAGGAGGCCGUCAAGACCAUCAAAAUCAAGUACUUACCCGAGGUGUUGGUGAUCAACUUAAAGCGGUUCAAGUACGACGACAAGGUGGACAAGUUGAUCAAGCUUUUCGAUAUGAUUUCCUAUCCGUUGAAGUUGCGGCUCUUCAACACCACCUCCAACCCGGACAAUGCACAGAACAACUUCCAGUUGUAUGAGCUUUCGUCGCUCGUGGUACACAUCGGUGGUGGCCCCAUGCACGGGCACUACAUCUCUUUGUGCAAAAUCAAGCCCAAGAUAUGGCUUCUUUUCGACGACGAGACGGUUGAGAUUGUGGACGAGUUCUUUGUCAUGAAGUUUUUUGGUAACGGGCCUGCUCUUGCCAGUGCCUACAUCUUGUUCUACCAAAAGUGUGAUUACUUAGAGCCGGGAGAAGAGGACAAAAUGGACUUUGGUUUCGACAUCAACGAUAUCUUUGACGGAAACGACUACUCCAUCGACAAAAAUGGUACUGUGGAAGUCAAUGGGUAUACUCGUCUGGGGAGCGGCAUGACAGAGGAUAACGAAGCGGACAACGAUAACACCACUUUGGACCUGUCGGUGAAAAAGUCGUCGAUUUCUUCUAAAGUGGACGACCACUCGCUCGAGCUGUCUACAGAUACAGUGCCUGCCCGUAAAGCUCCCAACAUCUUCAAGAAGAACUUCCGGCUCGAUACCCCUUCUGUUUCGGUUGUGUCUGGAUCUUCGACUGCAGUAUCUACUGAACCAUCUGCUCAUGUGCCAGUAGCUCCGCAAACCCUUGCACCAACACUGCCUGAUACCACGGCGGUGCCGGUACUGCCCCAGGCGCCGACAUCGCAAGGGCCUGACCACGAAGUGAAAGAGAAGAAGUCGUGGGUCGGAGGCUUGAAACGGCGAGAGCUGAAGCUUGACAAGGGAGAACGCAAAUUGAGCUCUGGAAGCUUGGUACUGAAUAUACUGGAGGAGAAGGAGGAGGAGAAGGAGAAGGAGAAGAAGUCCGAGAAGGAGAAGAAGUCUGAAAAGGAAAAGAAGUCCGAAAAGGACCGGAAAAAACUGCUCUUUGGAUUCAAGCGGAAAUAGACUUGGAUCUGAGAUCUCGGAUCUUGGGAAUCUUCCAAACCCUGAUUCCUGCCCAAAAUUAUACUUAUACUAUAUUGCAUCCUCACUAUGCUCGCCUUAUGUACCAUUCAUCAAUAGCAAGUGUGACCAUCCACGCAGAUAUUGGAGGCAGCAAACUUCAGCUUACCCAACUUUAUAUGCUCUUUUGGUGCUUUAUGGCUGUUGUCUAGUUCAAUUUGAGUUCAUUGAGCCUGUAGCACUCAACUGGGCGGCAGUGGCCAUGGAAAGUGUCUAAGCUUCUGCCAGUAAUGAUAUUAUCGAUAAUGCCUUAGAGGCCUCGGAGUUGACACCGAGGCACGUGAUCUUCCGCACGGGAAAUAACGUACUCAUCUGAAUCCACACGAAAUAAACCGCUUACAAAACCGCACAUUAAAUCUACAAAUACACCACACAAAUGACCGCCACUAUAGUUUCUCCUACAUUGAGGACCACGUCAACGUCCAGGCUCAUCACAUUAGCUGCCGGGUGCUUCUGGGGGGUGGAGAAGGUGUUCGUCAAGCAGUUUGCUGAUCAAGGAAUGGUUGACAUCAAAGUAGGAUAUGCCAAUGGGAUUCCUUCCAUAAGCGAAAUCGACUACAAAAGAGUCUGCAGCGGUGAAACCCAGUUUGCUGAAGCAGUGCAGAUUUCGUAUGAGCCCUCCAAGUUGCCGGUGGGCGAUAUCUUGGAUAUCUUCUUCAGAAUGCACGAUCCCACCACGUUAAACCUGCAAGGACCAGACAAUGGAACACAGUACCGGUCUGUGGUGAUGGCCCACUCGGAUGACGACGCCAUACUUGCCCGAGCCGUCAAAGAACGGAUCCAAAAGGAGUACUAUCCAAAUCACCAGAUAGUCACAUUUAUUGAACCCAUCAAGGUGUGGUACGAUGCCGAAGACUAUCACCAGGAAUACUUGAAGAAGCACCCUACCGGCUAUGAGUGUCCCUCACACUUCAUUCGCACCAAGCCAAAGGUUUGAUGUUGAAGGUUGGCAUUGGAACGUUAUAGAUGAAUAAAUUGGAUCAUAUUAGUGGAA